GCUCCGGUCUGACCGGAUAUGACUAGCAGCUUCCAAACUGUGGGCGUUUUUCCCUCAAUCUUGACUCCAGUUUUUUUUUCUUGGGUGUUGCCUUCCGCUGUAUAACUUUGGAAUUUCAGUAGGGUGUUGAUGAGAAAGAGGGACGAGCCGUAUAACUUCUGCAACGUUUCCAACUUUUUGGACCGCACUCGAGGCCCUUCUCCAGGUUUACGCGGUACUUUUCAGGCGACACGGGAAAGCUUUAUUUUAGCCGCUGUUAGCUAGCUAAGCUAAACGACACCGAGGUGCUGUAACGCUCGUUGGGUUUAUAGCGAGAGAGCCGUCCGAUGCAGGCCAUUAAGUGUGUGGUAGUGGGGGACGGGGCGGUGGGUAAAACUUGCCUGCUCAUCAGCUACACCACCAAUGCCUUCCCUGGAGAGUACAUCCCCACAGUCUUCGACAACUACUCGGCCAACGUGAUGGUUGAUGGGAAACCAGUAAACCUGGGCCUGUGGGAUACAGCAGGACAAGAGGACUACGACAGGCUCAGGCCACUGUCCUACCCUCAGACAGAUGUGUUCCUGAUUUGCUUUUCACUAGUCAGCCCAGCUUCCUUUGAAAACGUCCGUGCCAAGUGGUACCCUGAGGUGAGACACCAUUGUCCCAACACACCCAUCAUCCUGGUGGGCACCAAGCUGGACCUGAGAGAUGACAAGGACACCAUAGAAAAGCUCAAGGAGAAGAAACUGUCCCCCAUCAUCUACCCACAGGGCUUGGCCAUGGCUAAAGAAAUAAGUGCAGUGAAGUAUCUGGAGUGCUCUGCUUUGACACAGCGCGGCCUUAAGACAGUGUUUGACGAAGCCAUCAGGGCGGUCCUGUGCCCCCCACCCGUCAAGAAGAGGAAGAGGAAGUGCAGUCUAUUGUAACAGGAGAACCACAGGGAGUAGAAAUUACAGGUGAAGUCAGAACUCACCUGCUCGAAGAAAAAAAAUGAUUAAGCCCCCCAAAUCUCCGCUCACUUGCUUAUAUAUAAACUCUGGUAGGUUAUUGACCUCCAUCUGAAAGAACUUGACAGAUUUAAGCAGCGCUGAAGGUUUUUCUGUCUUAUCUAGCUUCUGGUGCUUACAGCUGUUGAGUCCUUUCAGACCGACACGAAUGAAGCGACAUUGCUAGGGCCUUGGGGAGCGUGAGGCUCGGGGGACUUGAUUUGGUAUCUGGGGUUGUUUUAAGGAGAAAGAGGGAGGAUUUUAAACAAAACACAUCAAUUUUCUCAGACAGCAUGAAGGAGACACUACACAAACGUGAAUUUAUCAUGAAAUUUGUUGUAGAUUUUAGACAACAGGACAUCCUACACUGC